GUCAAAUAAAUCAUUACAAGAAACAUAGAAGUAAAGUUGAGAUCAUAUUUACAUCUUUACAUCUUUACAUCUUUCAUCAAGUUUUUUUUAAACAAGAAAACAAAUCAUUUUUUGUAAAUAAGGGGAAAACUAAUCAAUGCUGACAUUAAGUAUUCAAAUGUUUGAUCAACGUCUAACAACGUUUUUAUACAUGACAUACGCCACAAGAACAUUAUAUGAUAUCAUAUGCAAAUCCACCCUACCCAAGAAAACCUAAUCGUAUAUAAAUCCACCCUAGCCACAGAAAAUCUAUAUAUGACACAACUCAAAUCUAGACGUUUACUCAUCACCAUGAUGACCAAAAACAAACGUUCACUCCUUUUCUCUUCAGAUCAGUUUUUUACUUAUCCAAUGGAUGCCACGGCCGUGCCACCUGACUCUGACCUGUGGCUACCGGCCACGGAUAGUAUGGGAUUCGCUUACGGGCUUGUUGUCUCCAUUGGUAUACUUCUUCUAAUUACCACAAUCACCAUCACUUCUUAUUGUUUAACUCGAAGCCAUAUCUUCGCAUCUUCCCCGAGGACAAUAAAACGCCGGCAAAGACAGACCAAUGCAACUUCAGGAAAUGGCGAUGAACGGUUUCACUUCGACGGCGAUGAUCAAAACGACACCGUGGUGGUCGAAGUCUUAGGGCUAGACGAUGAGGUUAUCAAGAGCUUCCCUAAGCUUCCUUACGAAGAGGCUCGUGUGGGUUAUAGCUUGCAAAAGGAUGCCACUGCGACGUCGUGUUGUUCUAUAUGUCUCGCGGAUUACAAGAAGACCGAUAUGAUUAGGGUUUUGCCGGAUUGUAACCAUUUGUUCCACGACAAGUGCGUUGACCCUUGGCUCAUGAUUCAUCCUACGUGUCCCGUAUGCCGUUCGUCUCCAUUGCCGUCUCCGGCGAUGACACCUGUCGCCGACGCUGUUACCGGUCGAUAGAUGUUUGACUUCGUGUCUUUUCUUUAUUUAUAUUACAUUUCAACUUUUGUUGACAUUCUUAGAGUACAGUAUUACUUUCAAGUUGUAAAGUUUCACGGGUGUUAUUUGGUUCCUUAUACAAAUAAAAUUUAAUGGUAUAUUCUUGA